GUCUCAAUUAAAAUUUAAAAUAAAAACAACCUUUGUCAGAUUGUCACUCUAUACAAGUCUAUAAAUACCUCGGCAGUUAACACGCCUUGUUUCUUCUACAUUCUACACCCAUCACCCUUCCGUUUCUCUCUCUUCUUUCUCUCUCUUCACUACGUAACAGUAUUCUUCUGCCGCCGCCUUUCGGAGAGUUGUGUGAGAGAGCUUGAUAUUUUCAUUCCAACAAUCACAUAUUUCUGAGAUGACUUGUGAGAGUCUUGACCCACCUGAGGGUGAUAAAGAACCAUUCGAGGAGCUUGAUCCUACUGCCCGGUUUGGUCGGUAUCCUGACCUUCUUGGAGCGGGAGCUGUGAAGAGAGUGUAUCGAGCUUUCGAUCAGGAGGAAGGAAGAGAGGUUGCUUGGAACCAGGUGAAGCUAAAGAAUUUCAGCCAAGAUCCAUCAGUGAUUGAUCGACUAGUGAAGGAAGUUCAGCUGCUGAGCAAGCUGAGGAACAACAAUAUCAUCACCUUGUAUCAUGUUUGGAGGGAUGUUGAGCAUAACACAUUGAACUUCAUUACCGAGAUUUGUACUUCAGGGAACCUGAGAGAGUACCGAAAGAAACACCGUCAUGUGUCGAUCAGAGCUUUGAAGAAAUGGUCGAAGCAGGUGCUCAAGGGUUUGGAGUACCUGCAUACUCUUGAACCCUGUGUUAUACACAGGGACCUUAACUGCAGCAAUAUAUUUAUAAAUGGGAACGUUGGCGAGGUGAAAAUUGGUGACUUUGGCUUGGCAGCAAUAGUGGGUAAGAGUCAUGUAGCACACUCGAUACUGGGUACACCAGAGUACAUGGCACCGGAGCUGUAUGAGGAAGACUAUACAGAAGUGGUGGACAUAUACUCUUUUGGGAUGUGUUUGCUGGAGAUGGUGACUAUGGAAAUUCCUUACUGCGAGUGUGAUAGUAUUGCCAAGAUAUACAAGAAGGUGACUACUGGAAUUAAGCCCCGGUCUUUUGACAAGGUGAACGAUCCAGAGGUGAAAGCGUUCAUUGAUAAGUGCAUCGCAAAGCCUAGGGAAAGACCCUCUGCCUCUGAACUCCUCAAGGACCCUUUUUUCGCAGAAGUAGAUGAUGAUGAUGAUGAUGAUGGUAACAACUUCGCAGAAGUUGAUGAUGAUGAUGCUAGUAACAAUAGCUCGUCGUAAUUUUACAACUUAGUUGAUCAAUUUGUCAAAGCAUGUAUAUAAAGUCAAAGUAGCCAAGUGUCUCAAUCUAUGGAUUGAUGACCAAUAAUGUUAUUGUUCAUGUAUGCAGCAAUUAAUCACAGUAGGAUUUAACGAUGGUAUAAUACCAGAACAAGAUCUGAAUAGAAAAUUAGAAAUGCAUUUUUCUGUGUUGAGUGAAUCAUAAGUUCAGGAAAAGGCAGAUAUUACUUUGUAUAUACUUUCAUUUUAUCAAUCAA